UCGAUAAUCCUAAAUAGAGUCGAGUAGCCCUAAUAAAAGAGGACCGAACGCCCAGAUCCGCAGCAACAAUAGAACACACCAAAAUUCGAUUCCCCGCUGAAGUACAAGAUGGCCAUGGCGGCGGCUCGAUUCGCCGCGAGGAGGCUCACUGGCCAGCAAGCGCACGCGGUUCUUAGGUCGGCCGUCUCGAAUGAACAAGGGGUGCUCAACCGCGGCGGCUCGCCGGCCUAUGCUCUACGCCGGUUUAUCUCCUCCGAGGCUUCUGCUGCCAAGGGACCAAAAAUCAGCACCGAGUAUCCUUCCGUUUCAACGGAUAGCCGUGUAAUGGUCGCUGACCAGAAGAAAGAGGAACUCUUCGAUCUGCUUGAUGAGAUACAGAGGAAUAAAGAUAUUUUUUACACAGGAAGAAAGGAAGACAGGUGGCUGCUCCAGCGCCUUACCUCUCACGUCGGUCACAGACCUAGUAACCCUGAAUGGCACCGGUAUCUUCUAGAACAAAGAGUCGGUCUUUGCUUGGGUGCUACAUCAACUCUCCUUGCCUUCCUUUAUAUGGUGGAAAAAGGGAGCAUAUAUUUUGCCGGCAAUAAGCAAGUUCAGGGAGCAGACAGUAACAGCAAAGCUAGUGUCUCUUGUGCAGAACCAAUCAUGGAAGAAUAGUUUAUAUCGGUGAGUGCGGUGUUUGUGUGCUCGAGCGACGGGUAUCUUUUUUUUUUAAUUUCAAAGAUUCAAAAAGAUCUGAAGAAAAUCUGCAUGUAGAUGUAAACUGUAAGUGUGUGAAAUCUCAGUAUGAAUACUUUGUACUGUAGGCUAGAAAAAAAUGACAAAAGUGUGGAUCCGAGUACACAUUUUCAAAUCUUCAUAAAUUAUCAGGAUUUUUUUCAUUUUUU